AUGAGCGAACCUUUUCAGAACUGGUUAGGAAUGGGCGCCACUAUCCCAGCUCGGAUCCAGCCAGGUUCUAUUGAUCAUGUCCCCUUCCCAACAGUUGUAUCUUGUCUUGGGGCGUCUUUCUUUGGCUUUACUAUCAAGCCAGACGCGGCGCCCUUUCGCAUUAUCAUCUACGCCCUUUCUUUCCUCCCAUCCCUUCACGCAUGA